AUCCUCAGUGUUUCCCUUCCUUCUUCUUCUUCCUAGCCAGUAUCCCCGUAGGAUUGGCUCAAGGAGAGCGCACCUGUCGGCAUCGACGACUGCCACUCCUUCGUUUUUUUCCAGACACCUCCUCGUCGCCUGCUAGCAGUCGCGCAAAGAGGGUUGCCUUUCUUUCUCCCUUUCUACCACACUGCUUUCGACAUGGAGAGUCGAACGCGGAGCUGGGCCCUCGGCCUGAGCUUCAUUGGGUUUUUUGCCCUUCUAUUUUCUCUGGGCUUCGUCCAGCAAGUCAAGGCGGACGAUGUUUCUGAAUAUGGCACCGUCAUCGGUAUUGAUCUGGGCACCACUUAUUCAUGCGUGGGUGUGAUGCAGAAGGGCAAGGUCGAGAUUCUGGUCAAUGACCAAGGAAACCGUAUCACCCCCUCAUAUGUCGCCUUUACCGAUGAGGAAAGGCUGGUCGGAGACGCGGCCAAGAACCAGGCCGCCGCGAAUCCCUUCAGGACUAUCUUCGACGUCAAGCGCCUGAUUGGCCGCAAGUUCUCGGAGAAGGAAGUCCAGAAUGAUAUCAAGCACUUCCCCUACAAGGUCGCCUCCAAGGAUGACAAGCCCGUUGUCAAGGUUGAGGUGGGCGGUACGGAGAAGACCUUCACACCCGAGGAAAUCUCGGCCAUGGUUCUUUCCAAGAUGAAGGAGACCGCCGAGUCCUACCUGGGCAAGAAGGUCACCCACGCCGUCGUCACCGUUCCUGCCUACUUCAACGAUAACCAAAGGCAGGCCACAAAGGAUGCCGGCAUGAUCGCUGGUCUCAACGUUCUCCGCAUCGUCAACGAGCCCACCGCCGCCGCCAUCGCCUACGGUCUGGACAAGACGGAGGGCGAGCGCCAAAUCAUUGUCUAUGACCUCGGUGGUGGCACUUUCGAUGUGUCGCUCCUCUCUAUUGACCAGGGUGUCUUUGAGGUUCUGGCUACCGCCGGUGAUACCCACCUCGGUGGUGAGGAUUUCGACCAGCGCAUCAUCAACCACUUCGCCAAGGCCUUCAACAAGAAGCACGGUGUCGAUAUCACCACCGAUGCCAAGGCUAUGGGCAAGCUCAAGCGUGAGGCCGAGAAGGCGAAGCGCACCCUGUCGAGCCAGAUGUCCACUCGUAUCGAGAUUGAGGCUUUCUACCAGGGCAAGGACUUCAGCGAGACCCUGACUCGCGCCAAGUUCGAGGAGCUCAACGCCGACCUGUUCCGCAAGACGCUCAAGCCUGUCGAGCAGGUUCUCAAGGACGCCAAGAUCAGCAAGAGCGAUGUUGACGACAUUGUGCUCGUCGGUGGUUCCACCCGUAUUCCCAAGAUCCAGUCCCUCAUUGAGGAGUACUUUGGCAAGACUGCCAGCAAGGGUAUCAACCCUGACGAGGCCGUCGCUUUUGGCGCCGCUGUCCAGGCUGGUGUGCUGAGCGGCGAGGAGGGCACUGAGGAGAUUGUGCUCAUGGAUGUCAACCCGCUCACCCUCGGUAUCGAGACCACGGGCGGUGUCAUGACCAAGCUCAUCCCCCGCAACACCCCGAUCCCGACCCGCAAGAGCCAGAUCUUCUCGACCGCCGCCGACAACCAGCCCGUCGUCCUCAUCCAGGUCUACGAGGGUGAGCGGUCGAUGACCAAGGACAACAACCUUCUCGGCAAGUUCGAGCUUACCGGCAUUCCUCCCGCCCCCCGUGGCGUGCCUCAGAUUGAGGUCACUUUUGAGCUCGACGCCAACGGAAUUCUCAAGGUCUCUGCCCACGACAAGGGCACCGGAAAGGGCGAGUCGAUCACCAUUACCAACGACAAAGGACGUCUCACCCAGGAGGAGAUUGACCGCAUGAUCGCCGAGGCCGAAAAGUAUGCCGAGGAGGACAAGGCCACCCGCGAGCGCAUUGAGGCUCGCAACGGUCUGGAGAACUACGCUUUCAGCCUGAAGAACCAGGUAAACGACGAGGAGGGUCUGGGUAAGAAGAUUUCGGAGGAGGACAAGGAGACCAUUCUCGAGGCCGUCAAGGAGACCCAGGACUGGCUCGAGGAGAACGCUGCUACUGCCACCACGGAGGACUUUGAGGAGCAGAAAGAGAAGCUCAGCAACGUGGCGUACCCGAUCACCAGCAAGCUCUACUCGGGCGGCAGCGCUGGUGGUGAUGACGAUGAGCCGAGUGCCCACGAUGAGCUUUGAUCAUGUUAUCAGUUAGUAUCAUAGAGAUUCCCCAAUAAUUUUUUGUUUUGAUGGCAUGAAAAGUUGAGGGCCGGCCCGGGUUGGGCUCCCUUAUCCUUAGAUUUCCAGGUUGCUCUGUCGGCGGCGUGUGUGUUGAUUGAGUGGGACGUUUGUGAUGACAAAGGGUACUUACUGUACGUUGUUGGACUUGCACAAGUAUGAGUUGGAGGUUCCCAUGAUGCAAUCAACCCCCGGGUUCCAGGCAGCUGGCUUUUCCAUCAUCGCCUAGGGGCUCUUAAGUUGGAGGUGGGCAUGUGCUCUUCUUGCCUGGCUGCUGCGAAUUGAGCAUUUCCAUGUACGGAACACAUAGGUAUGUACAUGUGUACAGUACAGGCUUAUUCCCCUAGCGACAGGUUUAAGAGGGCAAUGUUCUUGCUUGCCGUGAUCUGGUCCUCCCCCUCGAAAAGAUAAAAUAUCAGCAGCGUAAGCUUUGCUACUAAAUGAUAUAUGAUUUGACCAUGAUGUCC